AACAGCGCAGCCAUCUGUGGAACUUGGAGGAAAAAAGGACUCAGCCCGCCUGUGGAGCUAUUGCUGCUCUUGGUAUAUGAAGGGGUUGAGAGCGUGCGGUCCCAAACCAGCCUCUUCCCAAUGUGCCCGUUGGAGCUGCUCCCCAGUGCCGCCUCUGCCCCUGGGGAACCCAUCGCACCUUGGAGGCUCCCUCCAGCUUUCCGUUUUAAGGUGGUGUUUGUAACGGCAGCUGCAUCUUCACCAGCUUCCCAGAGAACCAAGCAGUUGAAGCUGAUGGACCGCUUGCUAUGUCAGCUGGAGCUGUGAUCCCAGCGGCCUCGAGCUGAGUGAAGGCUCGAGCUAACUCACCAUGCCUCGCUUGCUGCUUCAGUCAUACAGGUCACAGAUGAUGGGGUUUCUUGAGGAGUUUGGCCAUUACUCUUCCUUGGCCAAACUCAUGUCAAUCUACCAAGCAACCAACAGGACCACCUUCAACUGGACAGACAGCCGCAUUGUUGAGUGGGAGAAAUUUGCCGAGCUGGCUAAAUACGAGCCAGAAUCCCAGAAACCAACAGUGAAGGCUCUCCUAAUCGUGGCGUACUCGGUCAUUAUCAUCAUGUCUCUCUUUGGGAACAUGCUGGUGUGCCACGUGGUGCUGAAGAACAAGAGGAUGCACUCAGCCACCAGCCUUUUCAUCGUCAACCUGGCAGUGUCUGACAUUAUGAUCACGCUGCUCAACACGCCUUUUACCCUGGUUCGGUUUGUGAACAGCACGUGGAUCUUUGGAAAGGCCAUGUGCCACGUCAGCCGCUUCGUGCAGUACUGCUCCCUCCACGUCUCCACGCUGACCCUGACGGCCAUUGCCCUGGACAGGCACCAGGUCAUCCUGAACCCGCUGAAGCAGAGGAUGUCACUAACAAAGGGAGCGCUGAGCAUCUCUGUUAUCUGGCUGAUGGCAACCUGUUUCUCCCUACCCCAUGCCAUCUAUCAAAAGCUUUUCCAGUAUAACUACAGGGAAGCCACUGUCCGGAGUUUGUGCCUCCCCGAUUUUCCUGAGCCCGCAGAGCUGGUCUGGAAGUAUCUGGACCUGUCCACCUUUCUCCUCCUUUACCUCCUGCCUCUGCUAAUCAUCACUGUCACCUACACGCGCCUGGCCAAGAAGCUCUGGCUGCGCAACGCCAUUGGAGACGUCACCACGCAGCAGUAUAUCACCCACCACAAGAACAAGAAGAAGAGCAUCAAGAUGCUGAUGCUGGUGGUGGUGGUCUUUGCUGUCUGCUGGUUCCCUCUCAACUGCUACGUGGUGCUCAUCUCCAGUCUAGGCAUCAAGGCGAAGAACUCCCUCUAUUUCGCCCUGCACUGGUUCGCCAUGAGUAGCACCUGCUACAACCCCUUCAUCUACUGCUGGCUGAACGAGAGCUUCCGCUCGGAGCUCAAGUCCCUGCUCUGCCUGUGCCAGAAGGUGCCUCAGACUCAGGACAACGUGCUGCCGCCCGUGGUGACGUCCUGCCGCGAGGCGUGGAUGGAGCAGGCCAGGUACAGGCAGGGACCUGCCUCGCAGACCGCUUGCUCCACCGUAAACAUCCGGACGGCCAACACAGACCUGUGAGCCGAAGGGCUGAGGUGAGUUCGCUGGAUUCGGUGGACAUCAAAGGGCAUCUCCCCGUUUCUCCUCAGGAAUCGACGUUGCUGCUCUGGUGUUUUCCUACUGACUUUUGACUUGUGUCACAGCAGCACCCCCUCUACUCGGUGCAGUGGGAGCAGAGCCUCUCAAGCACCCUCCCCGUGAGCCCACAGCUGCAGCUGGCCCAAGGAGCAGGUAUAUGUGCAGGAGACGUGGCGGCCCGCAGGCAGGGUGAUUUGCUUUCGGGGGUUUCCCAUCUGGUUCCUAGCAGAGGGAGUGGCACCCAGGUUUCCGUCAUGGCUCGUGCUGUCCCGAGUCGCUGGCCUGUCUCAGCGCUCGUAACACGUGCCUUGGCACGGGGGCUUUGCAGAGCGACAGCAAUGGACCCGUUCUGACACGUGUUUGAAGGAAGGACUUGGACAUCCAGGUUGACUCCGUCCAUGUGGAGUUUCACCCGGUAAUUUUUACCAAAGCCUCCCGGCAGAGGUAAGGGUCAGUCAGCAGCAAUUUCCCCUUCAGAUGGUGCUGCUCCCCCUCCCCUCGCCCCCCCUGCCCCGGCUCUGUCCCACCCCUCCCUCUGCCCCCCCUGCAGCUGAAAUCCAGUCCCGGCCGAGAGGGGAGCGGGAACGCACGCCGGGCAUCGGCGGUGGCGGCAGCCUCAGACGGCACUCCGGCGGACAAAUUUAGUCCAUUGAGAAUUUCUUUUUGGUUUUAUUAUAAAUGUAUUAAUUCAGAAAAUAAAGCUACACUGGCACUAAACAA